AUGGGCCUCAAGCGUCCUGCCGAUGUCGAAACAAUCGACGUGGGCGACGCGGAGGCGGAGGAUGCCCAGGCCGUUCAGGCGCCCGCCGUCCAAGUCCCUCCACCGAAACCGCGGCCGGAUAAGGACAAAGCGUUGCGCUGGAGGUUCUCACCAGCUGCCGAGGCCAUUGAUGACUCCUGCUGCUUCGCGAGAAUCCAGAUAGAUGGACUGGUUCGCCAAUGUGACCAGAAGCGACACAAGGACAGAGUGCCGCAGGAGUGGUUCUGCGCGCAGCACUCAGGAAACCGCUGGCAGAUCCUGGGAAGAGUGGAUGGAGACAUCCCCAAGGCGCAGCUCGCAGCGCUGCUUCAGAAGGCAGCGGAGCCCCGGGAAAGCCAAAGUCAUCCACAGGCCGUUCCGAAAGGCGGCAGAAAGGUGCUGCGAAAGACUUGCCUGAAGGCUCUUGGCUCCAAGGAGCUGUCAGACGUUACCCUCCAGACGUUCGGGAAUCCUGCCCAGGAGAGUGAGAAGCUGCAGACUGCUCAGUCGGAUGAGGUCAUCGACUCCGUCCUGAAACAGCUGGAGGAUGACCUGUGGCAAGAGGUGCAACGAGUGAAGCAACUCGAUGACAGCCAAGAUGAUGAGCAUCGGAAACUGACCAGACGAGCCUGCAGCGAAGGCGAGCAGCUUGUAGCAUCAACUUCUGCCAUGACUGGGCGACGAGAGCGAUCUCGUGCCAGAUUCGGUUUGCCCUUGAUGCUGUUGCUUGGAGCUGGGCUUGAGAAGGACUCCUACGUGGGCAGUCGCCUUUGGGGGCAGCGAGGCCUCUCGCGGGCUGCCGUAGCAGACAGCGCGAUUCAAACUGACUUAGAACACGUCCUUCCAGUGGGCCCUGCUUGUCCGCUGCGCUCUGCGACUAUGGUCCGGGGGAACUUUGAGAAAGAGAUGGCCAUGGUUAUGAUGAUCGCUGCUGACAAAGCAGGCGACUUUGCCACUCUUGCCCAACAGAUCGCAGCAGGAGUGCGGCCUGAUCCACGACAACAAAGAAAGGUGGGAAACGACCUGAAGCUACAGGGAGAGCGGCUGAAGACGCUCCUGGACAACAUGGAGACAUCGGCUGACUUCCAGGUGCUGGAGGCCUACUUUGUCAUGGAGUUGCAAGCCCAAGAAAGGGGGGCCCCUGGAGCGCGUACGGUGGAGAAGAUGACAAGUUGGCAGGGCGCAGGCAUCUUAGCAGAGGCCGAUGGGAUGAUGGUACCGCCACCCCCGGAAGGUGUGGAUCCUGUCGCGUUGUCGAGAUCAGCGCCUGCCGGUCCCGGCAUGGUGAGUCAGCCUCGGGCGCCCCGGGUGCUGCCGUUCACAGAAGAGAGCUUCAAAGGAGUAGCUGGGACAGAGAUGCUGGAGGCAGAGUAUACGAAGCUGGUAGAUGAGCAUCGCGAGCUUGUGUCCUUCGGGGAGAAAUAUGCAGAGUUUGACCAAGCAGGACAGGAGUUCUACCUUGACCGGAUGCUGGACAUGACGCAGCGCUGGUGGGAUGUCAUGAGCGAAGCCAGGAAGUUCGGAAUCAAACCGGUUCGCGCCUUCGAGGCUUACUCGCAGGAAUACCUGAGCCAAUCGGGGCUUACUCCCCGAGGCUAUCGAGACUUGGUGGAUGGUGUGCAUGCAUACCUGCGGCAAAAGGCUGGUUGA